AUGGCAUCGAUAAACGACCUCGCCACCGCGGCGACCAUCGCCUCGUCGGCCGUGGCGCUGCAGUCUUCGCCGCCGCAGCAGGUCUCUCAGCCCGCGACGCAGGACAGCCCUCCGCCAGAGACGCCCCUCUCACCAUCAUCGCCGUCAGCCCAACUACUAGCCUCAGCAGCAGCGUCGGCCUCUGCCCCAGCGGCGCCAGGUACCACAUCGCGAACGCAACCAGAAGCAGACAGUCUUCCGCCUCCUACGACUAGCAUAGCCACCAACCCCAGCACACCCGGCCCUGGACCAGGGCAAGGUCCAGUACUAGCCGCACCCCAGAUAUCGGAAAACCCAUUGCAAGCGCAGAUCCCAGCACCCGCCCCCUCAGCAGUAGCGGCGGAGGCAUCAUCUUUGUCAUCCGGUGGGCCCAUGGAGGUUGACGGCGUGGACGGGGUCGGUGAACAGCGGCCGCUGCCAGUCCAGAGAGAGAAGGAGAAGCCGCUGCCGAAGCCGGUGCGCGGUGCGUUCGUCGUGUUCGAGGGCAUGGAUCGCGCUGGAAAGACGACGCAGGCGAAGCUGUUGCAGUUGAGGUGCAUUGAGAGUGGCAGGGGUGUCAAGUUCAUGCGGUUUCCUGACCGAACAACGCCGAUCGGCCAGAUGAUCGACUCGUAUCUGAAGGGUCAAUCCGAGAUAGAAGACCAUGUCAUCCACCUGCUCUUCAGCGCGAACCGCUGGGAGGCCAUAAAGAAGAUCAAAUCCGAGCUUGCCGCCGGUCACACCGUCGUCUGCGACCGCUUCUACCACAGCGGUAUCGUCUACAGCGCCGCGAAGCAGCUGCCCUCCCUGUCCCUCUCCUGGGCCAAGGCACCCGAGAUCGGCCUUCCGCGCCCCGACAUGGUUCUCUUCCUCGACCUCGAGGAGACAGUUGCCCGCGAGCGUGGCGGCUGGGGCGGCGAGAUCUACGAGAAGGGCGAGAUGCAGCGACGCGUGCGCGACCUGUUCUGGGGCCUCAGCAUGGGCGAUCUUGGGAAUGCCGUUGUCCAAAGCCCCACGAAGAGCGGGCCGAGACACCACACCCGGGACGGACCCAGCGGUGUGGGCGGAAGUAAUGGGGCGCCCAGGGGAGACGUGGGUAUGCCGGAUGCUGAGGGAGCGGAGCAAGGCGAGUUCAGGCAGGAGGAAGAGGAUAUCCACAUUGUAGAUGCCGAUCUUGAUGUCGAGAGCUUGAGCGAGAAGGUUUGGGAGGUUGUGCUGCCCCGGCUGGAGGCGGUGGAGAGGGGCGAGGUCGGGCGGACGGUUAGGACUGUUGGAUGA